AAUCAGAGUUCUUCAAUUGCUCAGAGAGCACUGACAGCUCCCGUCGACGACGUCUAACAAACUAGCCCAGGUUGCAGCCGCCGACCUCUCUGUCGCCAAUUUUGCGAGAUAGAGCGAUCAUGAAUAACCAACAAUUUCGCAAGCUUUUGGGUGCUGACUCCGUGAAGGCUGCGUCGCCGAGCAAUGCUUCGACCAAAGGCGCCGCAACCCCAGGCGGCGGCGCGUUGGGAUCCCGACAGCGAUCUAGCAUUCCCAUGACUCCACGCUCCGUGGGAGUUGGUCAUAGCCGGAAUGAGUUUGCGCGACAGCUUGCCGAGAGGAACCAGGCAGGGCAACCCCAGAAGAAAUUUCGCACAUCGGCCCCGAAGGGAUCCAGACUUGCAGAGGGCUAUGUCGAUCGAGCACGAGACCGAACCGAUGACGAGGAGGAUGACCGCGCCAAAAGAAUAAAGGCGCUAGAGGAGGCCCUGAAGAACGAGGAGAUUGACCAAGCGACGUUUGAGAAGCUCAGCAGCCAAAUUGCAGGAGGAGACCUUUCGAGCACGCAUCUGAUCAAGGGACUGGACUUUAAGCUUCUGGAAAGAAUACGAAAGGGCGAAGAUGUUUAUGGAGACAAGAAAGACAACGAAGAGGAAGCCGAAGCACCCCCGGAAGAGGAAGUUGACGAUGCGUUUGAUGAGCUGGAGUCAACAGAAGUGCAGGCUGUCGAAAAAGAAAAGGUGAAGAAGAAGGGCCAACUUGCACCUGUGGCCCUUGCACCUGGGAAGAAGAGAACUCGCGACCAGAUCCUGGCCGAAAUGAAGGCUGCGAGAGAGGCUGCCAAGGCUCAGCAAGAGGCCGCCCUGAACAGCAAGUUCAAGAAGAUCGGUGCUAAGCAACAGGCCGGAAGCCGCAUUGAACGGGACAGCAAGGGACGCGAAGUGUUGAUUAUUAUCGAUGAAGAUGGUCACGAGAAGAGGAAAGUUCGCAAAUUGCAGCCAGGGGCCGAGGAGGAGAUGCGCAAAGAGUUUAUCCCAGACAAGGAUGCGAAGCCGUUGGGUAUGGAGGUACCCGAAUUUUACCAAAAACAACAGGAAGAAGUUGAAGAAGACGACAACGACGACAUCUUUGCCGACGCAGGAGACGAUUAUGACCCGCUAGCUGGCAUGGAUGACAGCUCUGACGAGGAUAGCGAGGGCGAGGUCAAGGACAACGAAAAGGAGACCAAGAAUGAGAGCAGCGCCGACAAAAUCGCGAUGCCGCCACCGCCGCGGCCAGCACAAGCGCGCAACUACUUCAAGGACUCCAAGACAGACCUUAUAUCUUCGCAGACUCUACAAGGACCCUCGAUGUCUGACCCGGCGAUACAGGCUGCUUUCAAGAGGGCCGCACAGCUCAAGGCGGCAAACAAAGAUCCGGAGGGAGAAGCGGAGGACGACGACGAGGAAGCCAAGGCUCGUCGGGAGCGCCACAAGAGAAUGCUGCAGAGCGUCGACCGAGAUGCCGAAGAUAUGGACAUGGGCUUCGGCACCAGCAGGUUCGAAGACGAGGCAGACUUUGACGAUGCGCCGGUCAAGCUCUCGGGAUGGGGCAACGAUGGAGACGAUGAUGACGGCCAAAGCGGCAAGAGCAAGAGGAAGAGAGGCCCUAAGAAGAGGAAGGGCGACGCCAACAAUGCGGCCGAUGUGCUGAGAGUAAUGGAGCAGCGAAAGGCAGCGGGCAAAUAAGUCAAUAAUGGCUGUCUUUGAUCAGCUUGUCCUAGAGCUGUUGCUUGCAGUCUGCCGGCUUGUUGAUUGGAGUGUCUUGUCCUGCACGAACGCAUAUAGCCGUCGUUUUUACCAAAAUCAAAAUGAUACCCUUCAUGCGCCCAAACUAGAGCGCAUCUACCACACAAAAUGUUACGGUUUACUGCCCAGCGUGUG